AUAAUAAAUCUGUGGCGCAUAACCAAUUUCGAUUCCAUUAUUUCCAUACAUAUUUUGGCUCUUCAUUUCUCCGGGAUUCCGAAGCAGAGAGAGAGAGAGAGAGCUGACCCAACCUCCGACGGGUCCAUGAUGCUCGGACGAUCCUUCGCCUCUCCAUUGCUACCCAAUGAUUAUGCAAUACGCUUUUGCUUUACCACUCCUGAUAUUAUAAUUGCUGCACCAAAUAUCAGAGAUCUACAUGUGAAUUGUUUGUCACAAAAUUUGAAUAGAGCAGCUUGUGCACCAAGUACUUCUAAGAAGAAAUGGGUAUUGCAUUCAACAGCAAAAUUUGAAAGUGUGACUUUGACUGAUGAUGACAGGAAGACAUUAGAAGCAUGUCGUGAUGCUCUUUCUGCAUUGAGUAUCAGUAAUGAAGAGGGAGACAAGAUACUUGGGAAAGCUUUUGGUCUUAUUCAUUCACCCUACUGGGGUGAAGAAAGAAAGAAUAAAAUUCCAAAAUUUGAGAUUGUAUGUGAAAAAAUGGACUACCUUAGGAGUUUAAACCUGUCUAACGAUGAUCUGAGUAAGUUGCUUAAAAAAUUUCCAGAAGUUCUUGGAUGUGACCUUGAACAUGAGCUGAAAACCAAUGUCCAAGUUUUGGAAAAGCAAUGGGGAAUAAAAGGAAAAUCUCUACGAAAUCUCCUGCUUCGAAAUCCAAGAGUGUUGGGUUACAAUGUUGAUUGCAAGGGAGAUUGUAUGGCACAAUGCACCCGUUGCUGGGUUAGAUUUUAGACUUCCUAGAAGAACUUAAUUUUUGCAUCUCUGUUCCAUAUUUAUUGCAAUGUGGUGAACUGGAUUCAAUGUAAAGUGUGUAUAAUUUGUAGGCCUAUAAAAUCUUUAAAAAUGGAAAGCCUUUGAGGACAAGUCGUUGAUACUCUAAAAAAAAAAAUUAAAAAUGGAAUACAUAAAGUUGAGAGGAAAUAAAUGAUAUUAAUGUAUUAUGCUUUUGGAUCUUCUGUGACUGUUAGAAUUGUCUCCAUACCAUCCCUGAUUCUACUGAUGUUACCACAGACCAUGAAUAAGAAUUAGACCAUCUCUGAUCAGAAAGAAUCUGAAAGACAUCACUACUACUGACAGUUAAACUAACACAGUCCUGACAAACUAAAAUGGGAAGAAGAAGAAGAAGAAGAAGAAGAGGACCGAAAGAGAAAUGGAGC